ACUCUUGAAUUAGUAUGUAAAUCGGUAAUUGAUUCACCGGAAUACGUGGAAUCGCUAUCCGUUUUUGCCGUCGGCAAAGCAGUUAAAUUUCCGGACGGUUCAAUGAUUAAAAUGCAAUGUCAUCUGCGAUUUUGUGAUCGUUUACUGGGUGAAUGUGAUAGCAUUUUGCCACCUCGAUGCCGUAGAAAUCGUCGAGCAACAGAGAAAAAUAAUGAAAGUGUCAAAUUUACAAGUGAAUCGUUGAAAGAAAUAAAUCGAUCAUGGGAUUUUACACUUUCCACUGAUGGCAGUGAUGAUGAUGAUGAUGAUGAAUAUAAGGAAGAAAAUAAUGAAAUGAUCACUUUUACGGUAUCUACAACGAUAGCACCAACAACAAUGACAACUUUGACAACCAUACCAUUGCUAACUUUUAAUCCAACACUACCGGAGAAAUUAAUGCCAUCACGUCGACGUUUAACAAUCUUGGAUCGUGUAGCUGCAUCAGGAAGUCAUUCGAUUCGAUCAUUACCGCUUUUAUUAGCACCAAAUAAAGCUUCUUAUCCUCUCAGGAAGCUAAUCAAUAAUGAAGAAGAACCAUUUACUGUUUCAUCAUCACAAACUAAUAGUCGAUCUUCGAACAAUCAUCAGCGUAUUAUCAAUUUUCCAGUAGGUGGUAUGGAUGUAAAAAUUAACACACAAAAUGUUGCAAUUGUAAGCGAUGAUCAUUUGAAACAGCAAUACCAACGAGAAUUGAAAGAACGACAACAAAAGGUGACGAAAAAUAUCUCAAAAACACCAUUAACAACCAAAUCAUCGAUUGUAUUCGAGAAAGCAACGACAACCACACCUGUGAGCAUAUAUAGUAAUGCUAUUAAUGGUGCAGAAAGAUUAUUCCAUCAGUCAAAUCGUAGUAGCAUUCCUGAAAUAACCGCUAACGAAUUCCAGGAAAUCGCAAGGCAGACAACCAAUCGGGUACGCAUUGAAUCAGAGGAAUCGAUAGAAGAAUUAAUGGAGGAUAUACGGGAAGUGGUAAAACUUGAACAAAGGAUACAAAAAAUUCUUCGAUCUGAUGUAAUCAUCGUUGAAUCACAGGUUAUAAAUGUUCGCGAUUUAGAGGUAAUGAACGAUCCGAAUUUGCAAGAAAAAUGGUGCAAAAAAUGA